AUGAUGAUCACAAAUCAAAGUGAGCAAUUGAGUGAGGAGUUAAAUUUUACUGCUUUUAUUGAUUUGUGUCGUUUGUGUUCGAUAAGAAACGGUCCAAGACUGAAUAUUUUCGAGAAAGAGGCCGAAGACAGACAAUUGCUGUUCAAACUACGAACUGUGUUACCAAUUACAAUUUCUAAAGAGGAUUUGUUGCCGAAGAAGAUUUGCGAACGUUGCGUCAACAAAGUCGAACAAUUCUUCGAAUGGCGCUCGAACACAAUUCAAACGGAUCUCAUUUUUCGUAACUACGCGGAAUCAAUGAGGGCUGUAACAGCCACAAUUAAUUUUCAGGAUGGCAGUGUAAGUAUAGAAAAAAUGACGCCAGCCCAAAAGAAUGCUUACCUCGAAGCUCAUAUGGCGGUUCAACAACAUAUGGCCCAUGCAGCUUUACAAAACUCCUCGACUUCUCAUAUCAUUGUGAAUCAGCAACAAUCGUCGUCACAGUCACAAAAUACUUCCCAGCAACAAGUUCAAAUCACGCAGCAGCAGCAUCAGCAAUUGAAACAAUUGAAGCAGGAGAUUUCUUCACAAGAGCAUCAAAUUAUUCCAAUUACUUCGACGAAUCCUCCUCCUCUCGUCAGUACAGUAGUUCAACAGUACAUAAGCACAAUUAAGGUUCCCCAGGUCGUAACGUCGUCAGUUCCUCAGGCAACUACAGUUACAGCAACUCCUGCGACGCCUUCGAGCUCUGAAAGUACAUUUACUGUGCCCGACGAUGGAAAUAUGGGAUACGAAGGAGGAGUCAGGGUCUUACAAAGUCUCGGCACGUGGGCUCCUGAAAUCCCGAUGAACAUUCCAAAACCUAAUUUGAUUCCUUUCACCGAACCUUACACGGAAGGAGGUUCAAUGCAUCCUUCAAGUCGCUUAAAAGCCCUUCAACAAGUACAACAAGCUUCCACGGGACGCAAAUCGUCAAUUAGAAACCCCACAAAUAAGGCUUUCGAAUGUACCUUUUGCGGCAAGGGACUUGCACGAAAGGAUAAGUUAACAAUUCACAUGAGAAUCCAUACGGGCGAGAAACCCUACAUCUGUGAGGUUUGUAACAAAGCUUUUGCUCGUCGAGACAAACUUGUGAUCCAUAUGAACAAGUUUAAGCACAUUACGCCGACCAAUAUUGCGCCUCUUGGGAAACGAAAGAAUCAAAUAGUAACGAUGAUCAAAAAAGAAGAUGUCAAAUCCUCCAUAUCACUCACGAUACCGGAAAAUAAGAUAAUAACUAUCGUACAAAACUCGCUGGCAACUUCAAAUACUUUGCAAACAGCCACGCAGCAAGUUACCAUUCAGCAAAAUCAUAUCCAAACACAACAGCAGCCAGUUACUCCUCAGCAAAAUCAACAACAACAGCAGCAGCAGCCUCAGCAAGAAACAAGCCAAACGACAACGUUAUCUUCCAUUGCGAUUCCGAGUCUCUAUUCGCAGCAAACGGUUCAAACGCAACUUUCGUGGACUUGUGAGCUGUGUGGCAAAAUGCUUCCUAACCGAGAGGAAUGGUCAAUUCAUGCCAAGAGUCAUUUGGAGGUAAGUUAA